AUGCCCCCCAUCGCCAGCACGCCGACUUCCGCGCGCCGCCCGUCCGCGGACGCGACUGCGACUGCGAAUGCGACUGCGAAUGCGACUGCGAAUGCGACUGCGACUGCGACUAGACCUGCGACUAGACCUGCGACUAGACCUGCGAAUACGGCUACGAGCGCCUCCUCUGCCUCUGCCUUUGCCUCCGCAGCGACCGCUUCUCACGACUUCCACCGCACGGAGCGGCCCAUCACCGCGCCCAUCCACACCUGGUUCACCUCGCCCGCGCGCUCGCACCCAAAUGCCGCGCAGGCCAAGGAGCUGCCGCUGCACCUCAUCCAGCUCAUCCUCACCCACCUGGACCAUGUCGCCGACCUCGCGCGCAUCACGCGCACCUCGCGCCUCUUCUACUACAUGACCCUCCCGCGCCUGUACGAGCAAGUCACCCUGCACUCCCACGCCGAAAUUCGCUACAUCGACGGCCGGCCCGAGGGCUUUGGCGGGGGCAGCCCCUUCUCCUCCGGCCUCAACACGCUGGUCACGCGCACCUUCGCCGACUACGUCCAGCUGUUUCGCGUCAUUGGCGACUGGCGCGAACAUGACGUCGACCACUACAGGCAAGGCCGCGUGCCUGACAACAGCAUGGUUCUGCAGAUUGCCAUCCGCGCCGCCCUUGACCGUAUGAAGAACCUCCAGGCUUUUGCCUGGGAGCUCAACACCAAGCCCCUGACCACCGUCUACCAGGGCCUCGUCAGCAAGCCUUCGCUCACUUCCCUCACGCUUCGCUGCCAGACCAAUCGAAUACCUCGCCCAACGACCACCAUACCCUCGUUGCCGAAUCUAACCACUCUGGUCGUGUACGACAUCGACCCUCUCUGCUAUCCAGACGACAUAUCCAUGGUGCUAGCCGGCGCAAAGAAACUCGAGAACCUAAAACUGCACUGGAGCCCACGCAUGCGCGAGAACGGAGAAGAGUCGACCAACUUGAUGUCCAUGUUUGCCCGCUGUGUUGCAAACAAGGUCUCGCUGCCCAUCAGGCGAUUUGAAAUGUGGAACCUGUACACGCGCUUCUUUGGUGACAGCGACGAACAAGUCUUCAACCCAUUGACCGUCUCUGAAUUCACAAUCAUCAACUCCAUGGGCUCUUCGGACCCCAUGACCGUCUUCCUCGACGACGCCUGGCGGCUGCAGCACAAGCAGCCCGUACAACCCAAUCUCAAGGUGAUGCGCGUGGACACCAUGGACAAAGAGGGCGUGCGCAUGCUUAGGGAAUUCAAGGGUCUUGAGCGCAUAUACAUAGUCAGCACGAAGCGAACACGAGGGACCUCCAAGUCAGGCAGCACCGUGGCAACACCGACCACGCCUUCCGUUGCAACGCCUGGCAUGACAACCGGAACCACGAGCGCGGUCGGCACGCCCAACAUGAACGAACACCAGCGUCGCAGCGUGGGCGGCGACUUUCUUGCUGUUGUACAAUCGAACCACCGCGGUAUGCGGCACCUUCUGCUGUCGGACUUGUGGCAGCUUACAGACGACGCGCUAUACAAGAUCUGCCAGACACUCCCCAAACUCGAACAACUAGGCUACAGCAGUAGUGUCCCUCCAUUCGAGUCGCUCCGUCAGAUUAUGAGUAUGGUGCCGAAUUUGUGGGCAAUACGACUCCUGGUCAGGCCGGGCACUGAGCUUGCCGAAAAGAUCGAUACGACGGAAGACAUGCACGCGUUUGCCAUAGCUACCGAGGUCUGGCGACCGGAGUACAGGAACCUGAAAUAUAUCGGUCUAGGGGAAAGGCUGGUGUACAAGCUUGGAGCUGUCAUCUACCCCCGGAAGGGGGGGCCGGAGACUCCAAAAGGCCAGGAAAACAGCAUAAACGCAAAGCGCGCAGGUCCAGUAAGGCAUAUCGAACAGGUGAGCAGGGAGAGCGUGAAGUGGAUCGAAAUAUGGGGCAUGGAUUCGACCGAGUUUGAGGUCGCGUUCUCUUGA